AUGGAGACGAUGAAGCCGAAGAAGAAGGAGAAGGAAUCGAAAACUUUCCACUCAAUCGGUUCUCAUCCUCUACCGCCUCAAGCGAAGCCCAAUCAUCUUCCUCCUAACCAACCGGAGUUUAGGUCAGAUUUCAUGAGAGCUCCGGGACCACCGCCUUCAGCGGUAAUGCAGAUGCAAGUGCCGAGACAGAAUCCGGAGUUUCAGCUAAUCGAAACCAGCCCUCCGUUAGCCGCUCGUCAGCGGCAAUCGUACUACUACCGGAGCAGCGGAGACAAAACGUCGAGCACAUACGACCUCGUGGAGCAGAUGCAUUACCUCUACGUGAGCGUCGUGAAAGCUCGAGAUCUCCCGGUGAUGGAUGUCUCCGGUAGCUUAGAUCCUUAUGUGGAAGUGAAGCUCGGCAACUACAAAGGCCUGACGAAGCAUCUGGAGAAGAAUUCGAAUCCGAUCUGGAAACAGAUCUUCGCCUUCUCCAAAGAGAGAUUGCAAUCGAAUCUGCUUGAAGUCACGGUGAAGGACAAAGAUCUCUUGACCAAAGACGAUUUCGUCGGAAGAGUCCACAUCGACCUCACCGAAGUCCCUCUCAGAGUUCCACCGGAUAGUCCUCUGGCUCCGCAGUGGUACAGGCUCGAGGACAAGAAAGGGAUGAAGACGAACAGAGGAGAGAUCAUGCUCGCCGUCUGGAUGGGGACUCAGGCCGACGAGUCGUUCCCGGACGCUUGGCACUCCGAUGCGCACCGAGUGAGCCACUCGAACCUCUCCAACACUCGCUCCAAAGUCUACUUCUCGCCGAAGCUGUAUUACCUGAGGAUUCACGUGAUGGAAGCUCAGGAUCUCGUUCCGUCUGAUAAAGGAAGAGUGCCUGAUGCGGUUGUGAAGAUCCAGGCGGGGAAUCAGAUGAGAGUGACGAGGACGCCUCAGAUGAGGACGAUGAAUCCUCAGUGGCACGAGGAGCUUAUGUUUGUAGUCUCUGAGCCGUUUGAGGAUAUGGUGAUUGUUUCUGUUGAUGAUAAGAUUGGUCCUGGGAAAGAUGAGAUAUUGGGGAGGGUGUUUAUACCGGUGAGGGAUGUUCCGGUUAGGCAAGAGACCGGGAAAAUGCCGGAUCCUCGGUGGUUUAAUCUCCAGAGACAUUCGAUGAGUAUGGAGGAAGAGAGUGAGAAGAGGAAAGAGAAGUUCUCGAGCAAGAUUCUGAUGAGGGUUUGUAUAGAAGCUGGCUACCAUGUUCUUGACGAGUCGACGCAUUUCAGCAGCGAUCUCCAACCGUCUUCGAAGCAUCUGAGGAAGCCGAGCAUCGGGAUUCUCGAGCUCGGGAUUCUCAGUGCGAGGAACUUGGUGCCUAUGAAAGGGAAAGACGGGAGGAUGACUGAUCCUUACUGUGUGGCGAAGUACGGGAACAAAUGGGUGAGAACGAGGACUUUGUUAGACGCGCUUGCGCCUAAGUGGAACGAGCAAUACACUUGGGAAGUUCAUGAUCCUUGCACGGUGAUAACGAUCGGAGUCUUUGACAAUGGCCAUAUCAACGAUGGUGGUGACUGGAAGGACCAGAGGAUUGGGAAAGUUAGAGUCAGGCUCUCUACUCUCGAGACGGACCGGGUUUACACUCAUUACUACCCGUUGCUGGUUCUUACUCCAGGCGGUUUAAAGAAGAACGGUGAGCUUCAGCUAGCCUUAAGGUACACUUGCACAUCCUUUGUCAACAUGAUGGCGCAAUACGGAAGACCGUUGCUGCCCAAAAUGCAUUACGUUCAACCGAUACCUGUCAGGCAUAUAGACUUGCUUAGGCACCAGGCGAUGCAGAUAGUCGCGACAAGGCUGUCAAGAUCCGAGCCGCCGCUGAGACGAGAGGUUGUGGAGUACAUGCUCGAUGUGGACUACCAUAUGUUCAGCCUCAGGAGAAGCAAGGCCAAUUUCAGCAGAAUCAUGACGCUUCUCUCCUCAGUCACCAUGGUCUGCAAGUGGUUCAGCGAUAUCUGCACAUGGAGAAACCCAAUCACGACGUGUCUCGUCCACAUCCUCUUCUUGAUUCUCGUCUGCUACCCGGAGCUGAUUCUGCCCACGAUCUUCCUCUACCUCUUCGUGAUAGGCAUGUGGAACUACCGGUACAGACCAAGACACCCGCCUCACAUGGACGCUCGUGUUUCCCAAGCAGACAACGCGCACCCGGACGAGCUAGACGAGGAGUUCGACACUUUCCCGACCAGCAGACCAUCGGACAUUGUCAGAAUGAGGUACGACAGGCUUAGGAGCGUCGGAGGCAGAGUCCAGACCGUUGUGGGCGACCUGGCCACACAAGGAGAGAGAAUGCAAGCCUUACUCAGCUGGAGAGACCCGAGAGCUACUGCUUUAUUCAUCGUCUUCUCGUUGAUCUGGGCCGUGUUCAUCUACGUCACACCGUUCCAAGUGAUUGCGAUCUUGCUGGGGCUGUUCAUGCUGCGUCAUCCACGGUUCAGGAGCAGAAUGCCUUCAGUGCCUGCAAAUUUCUUCAAGAGAUUACCUGCCAAGUCAGAUAUGCUACUGUAA